AACACUAAAUGCAGUUGAGGCGGAGAUGACGAGGAAGAAGAUGCCAAAACACUGUAAGGCCGUUUGAGUCGGCAUUUAAACAUCAAUUGGUAAUGCUCCAAAUUUGCAACUUUGAUAACAUGUGCUGUUAAGAAUCAUGUAAACAUCUGCAAUGUCUCCACCAGAGCAUCUCGAGAUGAGCCCAUGGGGCUUGUCUGAGUUUUUGGUCCAGAGGAGGCUGCUUGGUUUUGGGGCGCUACUGGCCUGGAUGGUCUUGUUCCACCUGCUGGUCAACGUUUGGCUCCUCUGUGUCUUCACAAGCCUCUUAGUGGUCUUAGGUGGUUGGCUUGGUUCCCAGGCUGUCCUGGACUCAGACAGCGUUAUUCAUCUGGAGCGCUUUGCUAGGCUGGAGGAGAUCCCGCAUAAUGCCGAGAGCGAGCAACAACUGGAAGAUGAGAUCCAGAAGACAGUUGCCAAGAUCAUACGUGACUUUGUCACCUCGUGGUACUGCACCAUUUCCAGAGAAAAAGAGUUUGAGGAUGAGGUGCACAAUGCCAUGAUCUCCAUUGCGAUGGAGCUGAAGGGUCGAGCUGCAAGAGUUGACAGGAAAGCUUUAUCCCAGAGGGUUUUAGACCUAUCUGGAUGCCACCUUCAGUGUUAUUUGAGUGCCAAGGAAGCAGUUAAACAUCAAGAGGUGAACAAAGAUGGAGAUCUCUGGGAGGCGUACAGCAAACUCUGCCCUCAUCAUCCCGCCCUUCAGAGCUCUGCUGUCGAGGUGAAUUACGUACGGGCCAUUGUAGACCUGCUUCUCCAUGUUCUUGUACCUCCUCCACAUUUAGAAACCAGAACAGGUCGAUUUGUGGUGGGUGAACUUAUCACAUGCAAUGUUCUGCUGCCUUUAAUUGCAAAACUGUCCGACCCAGACUGGCUAAACAUGUUGAUUGUAAGCAUCUUCAGUAAAUCCAGUGAACCAGCCCCAGAGCCAGAACAAGUAGAAGUUCAAGCUCCACCACAAGUUGCAUCUGAUCAAGAAAACGCACUGAAAGAACUUGAAAUUCCUUGCGUUCUGACCCUAAAAGUCACCCCAGAGACCCCCACAGCAAUGGAAGCCCCAACGCCAGAACUUGCCGUUUACGAUGUCAUUGACUCCACUGAUCUUUAUUCUCCACACAACCUGGAGGAAGAUGAGCUACGGUUGACUAAACCAUUUCCAUUGGGGUUUAGCCCCAGGGAUUAUCUGAGGCUCGACAAGUCCAAUCCUUUCUAUCAAGAAAACGACUCCGAUUUGGAUUCUCCUCUAACGGACUUCAAGCGAAGCUCCCUAGAAUCACUGGUUCUGAUUGGUUCAGAGGAGACCCUUUCAGAAAGACUGGCAGAAUGCACCACUCCAGUUGAUGCUGUGUUAGACCUCGAGGAUGAACAUUCAACAUACACCAAUACGACAGAGAAGGAGCUAUCAGUACAUUCCACCUGUGUGCCUGAGGAAGAAGCAUCAAGCUUCUGCUCUCUCCCGCAGUUGGAGAAGAGCAACCCGAGUGCAGACCACCCAGGCCUGGUGAACCCCUGUGAGCUGGCUUUGACUGCACCCGUCCAGGAUUCUUCCCCAGCUGGGAUGGCAUCCCUGGCACCUUUCAGCUUCGAGCCCCUUAGCAGCCCAGAGGGUCCGGUCAUUAUCCAGAACCUCCGCAUCACUGGCACCAUCACUGCCAAGGAGCACCGAGGCACUGGCUCACAUCCCUACACUCUCUACACUGUAAAGUAUGAGACAGCCAUGGACACUGAGAAUCCUGAAGCUCUGCAGCCCAUGGCCUAUCACACUGUCAACCGACGCUACAGCGAAUUCCUCAACCUUCAGACCCGUUUGGAGGAGAAACCAGAGUUACGCAAGAUUCUUAAAAAUGUGAAAGGACCAAAGAAAAUAUUUCCUGAGCUUCCAUUUGGAAACAUGGACAGUGACAAAGUCGAGGCCAGGAAAAGUCUUUUGGAAACAUUCCUUAGACAACUUUGUGCUAUUCCUGAAACGGCCAACAGUGAGGAAAUGCAAGAAUUUCUCGCUCUAAACACUGAUGCAAGAAUUGCCUUCGUGAAGAAGCCCUUCAUUGUUUCACGCAUAGACAGGAUUGUGGUGAACGCUAUAGUGGACACCCUGAAGACGGCCUUCCCUCGCUCAGAACCACAAAGCCCUACUGAUGAAAUUGACGGAGAUCCUGAUGGGAAACUGUCCACUGACAAGAAAUCCAAGUCUAGAAUGAGGUUCUCUAGUAAAAUUGCCCCUGCUCUCAAUGUGUCAGACAUGAAACCCAAAGUGAUUUACUGCUUUGAUGAAAGCAGCUCUGUUUUCAAUGGCUUCUCGUUAAAUGAGUUUGAGAGCUUCAUCUCAGACAAGGAGCGUUUAGAGGGUAAAGCAGGGUUUGAUCCUGAUGCAGAGAGAAGUGGAGGCCCAGGACCUAAAGGGGAUAUGAGAACAUGCACAUGUGCCAGAGCACAGCUACAGAAUGCACCUGCCAUCAGUGACUCUGCUAGUGAGACACCUCUAUCUGACCAGGCCCUGAAUAUCCUGUGUGUGCUCAUGAAGGAUCAGUGGAGCUGGCUUUGCACAGAGAACAUCCAGAGGACCAUCAGAAUGCUGUUUGGGACCCUCAUUGAAAGGUGGCUGGAGGUGGGUGUGGUUAACCUAACCUGUACGCAGUAUUGGGUGGUUUAUCUGCGGGUGCUUCAGGAGGCCAUCUGGCCUGGAGGAAGUCUGCCAGCUCAACCCAGACCCCAUUGCAGCCAGCAGCAGAAACAGGAGAGCAGACAGCAGGCUCUGCAGUGCCUUAUGAAACUACUGCCAGAUCUGAUGUCUGAUAUUCUGGGGUCUGAGAAGUACAAGAUGUCUUGGCAGAUGGUUGUUGAUUCUUUUCAGGACCCCACAAUAAACAGGCAUCUUGUGUACUGCAUCUGGGAUCUGCUUAUCGAGUUUCUUGUCCCUGAGGCAUCUGAUGGGGACUUUCAGAAAACACUUCUGCACAGCCUGUCCAAAAACGCUGAGAAGCUGCCACCAUAAGUGUGCUGGGGUGGACUGGACUCUUAAAAUCACUUGCCUGCAUACAUGCGUGUCUCAUACAAACAUGUGAUAGGUUAAAAUAUUAGGUGGAAAUACAGGCAGGAACAUGUGAUCAAGAAAGUGUGGAUUUGGAUUGAUGACAGCCUGUGUCUGGCACUGAUUUGCUCUCCCUGUUUCUGGGACACACUGCGCAGAUCCGUGCAGGCAUUGAUUAAUGGCCACCUGUUUUGUGUUUUAUCAAACCACAAGUCCAAUCUCUAAAGCCUGAAAUACCGGAUCUGAUUUAGUCGCAAGUUCUCCAACUUUUAUCCACCUUGUUCCCACUUCAGCUUUGGACAAAGCUCUUACAGAUGGACUGCGCAGAUCAUUUCUGCCACUUCCUAUUAUGUGUUUCCGGCCUCUCAGUCUUGAUAUACCUUGAGUUUACACACAUUCCCUUCUUGUGCACUUGUGCAAUCGAUAAUUUUGCUUCACACCUUCUUCAGAGAUGCUUUAGAGGCUGUAUCGGCCUUAUCUCUAAGAUGAAGCCUAUUUUUCCACAAGAUUCCUCUUUAAGUAUGAAAUUCGUCACAUCUGCGUCUGGUGUCACAGUAAGGCUGUAAAUGCAUUGUGUGCUAUCAGCUAGCUUGUGAAGCCUUUAAAUGUAAUGUCUCUAUCCACAGCCUCUAAUUAAGGGGUUUGAUGCUGACAUAAAGCCUUUACAGAAAAAAGGUCAUAUUGAUUCAGCAAAAACGGCCAGUUUUUUCCUGUAUCACCUUUUUUUUGUGUAAUAUUAUUAUUUCUUUUGAUGUUUUGAUGUUUUUUUUUCUUAUAGUGGAAGUAAGUAGUCAUCAAAACUGUUACCAACACUAUAAAAUGUAUUUUGUGUUUUGCAAGAAAAAAAUAAGUCAUACAGGUUUGGAUAACAUUUUUGGGUGAAUUACUCAUUUUAAAUGUAUUUAUUUAUUUCGAUGUGCAAUACAAAGCAGCUGAGGUCUAAAAACAAAUAAUAGAGAAUUUCAUGGUUCUGGUUUGGGGUUUGUGUAUUUUCUUAGAAUUCUAGCACAAUGAAAUUGUAUUAAUUGCCUUAAUGUGUAUAAAUCAUUUAAAUUAGUAAAAAAAAAAAAAAGCUAUCAAAUUGAUGCACAUCUAACUCAAAGUCUGAAGAAAAAAAACAGCCUUGUCAUUCCUUUCAAAAAUCUUAAAAGUAUUACUGUCAAAUUUUGUUUUUACAUUAAUAUGUCAUCUAGUCACAAUUCCGCUUGCACAAACUACCUAGUUGUUGCAUAAAAUGGUCCUGUCCUUUCCGUGCGUGAUGGUGUGAGCCUUGUGUCACUGCAUGCAGAUUUAGAUUCAAAGUUUUGCACUGUGAACCCUGUUGCCCAGUAUAAAGUACAGUAGCUUUAUGGCUUUGUUACACUCUACUUGUGCUUAAAGCGCUGAAUGUUGCACUAUUUGUAAUUUUGUGAGUGAUUUGGCCAUUUAUGUUGUAGGCCUCGUGUGGUUCUGCUGUAUACUGAAGUAACAUUAUAAAGCAGUUGAUAUUG